AUGGCUUUCCAAGUACGCCAGACUCAUUUUCUGUUAACAGCUUUGUUGUUCCUCUCGUUUGAUGUGAUCACAAAAUCCCAAGCAACAAAGCCCUCCAAACACGGCGAAGUUCACCGCGCGAAAAGUGAGAUCGACUCGUUGAUUUACAAGUUGACUUUAGAUUUGAAAUCUUUUAACGAAAAGGAAACUAAGGCCGAGGCUGUGCAGAAAGAUGCCUCGAAACUGGCUCGGGUCGCAGAAGAGGAAAUCGCCCUGUUGAGGCCAGUUCAACGUCUCUUGGAAAAGCUUGCAAAGGGGAACUCCUCGAAUGGAAAAGAACGCUGUAUGGCCUGGCCAGGCGGUAAAAUACGGAUACAAAUUAAAGCUGCAUCCCCUCUGCCCAAACACUUCACUAUAAGUGUACCAGGUAAGAGGCCAUAUUUAUCCAGUUAAGUAAGAUCAUUUAGCGUUCCUAAUUUUUUCAGGCAAAAAUCGGAACAAAUAAAUUUCCAGCUACUAAAAUAUAUUACGGAAACAAAUGAAAUUUAAUGACAACAAAUAUGGAACUAUUAAGUAGGAAACGUAUCAAGGAAAAAAUAACAUAAGAGAAAAAAUGGUUCAGAAGGGUAAUGGGCUGCUUAAUUACUAAAAAACAAUGCGCACACACAAACUGGCAAAAUUGUUAAAAUCUCGUAAGACGUUUUUGGUAACCGAUGAAUCUUCCACUGGUUUUCAGCGUAACUAGAAAUACCUACAUGUAAAAAUUUUAGAACAACUCAGGUACAGGCAUGAAUGUUCUAUGUUUUGUGAAAUUAGGUAUAACAAAUUUGAAACUUACACUGUAAAUUGGAAAGAUCUGCUUCGGGCCCAACUUCCAGUCAAACCCUGUAAGCCCCAAGUCUGAAUAAUUCUUUUGUUCAGCGAUUUGAGUACACUUUGUGCCAACACAGCCCUAUAAAAGAUCUAUUCCAGCCCUUGAAACUUACAGCCGGUGGGUCUAAAUUAGCCCAAACUAGGCCGGGGGGCUAAAACGAUGUUUUUAGUUUGCAGUAUAUUAGUUCUGGUGUUUACGCCAUUACAAAUCAUACUAUUAACAAUUCUCAUUCUUGAAUAGCACUUCUUAUCCUGUUUUAAAUUGGAAUUAUUUGCCAUUCUUUCCUCGCAGUCAAGAUCAGACUCUCAAUUUCCGUCCUUACACCUGAACAAAAAUGUAAUAGUUUUGAGCACAUUCUGACAUUUCUAUCCACAGUUAAUCACCGAGAGCUGCUAGACAACGGACGAUUGACACGUGAAGAUGGCGAAGACUUGCAGGUCUAUUACCAUAUCAACGGACAGCAACCGUUCCAAAUUGACCGUGUCAUCAGUGGCCUGGGAACAAAAUCAGCAACUGUCCACUUUCGACUGCAGACUCCGAUAUCAUCCAACACUGCUGAUGACGUGUCUUAUUUUUUAGUCCUCGGUGCUUCGGUCAGCGGCAGUGCCAUGGAUGAUCCUGCCAAAGUGUACGCAUUUUUCGACGAUUUUUCGAGCGCAACUUUAAAGAAAGAAUGGGGGAAAAACUGGGGGAAAUGGAGCGUGCAAAACGGGAGGUUACUGGGAAGCACAAUGCAGAGUAAAGAUUUAACCAAAGAUAAUAUUGAGGUCGGACUGUAUCUCAAAUCAGGUUUUCAGUGGAAAGAUGUUAUGGUAGAGCUUGACUUCAUGGAGACUGGAAAGAGUAACACCGCUUCUGGACCAUUCCUGCGCCUCAGAGAUGUGAGCCUCAGCAAAACCACAGGGUGGUGGUUUCAGUACUACCCAGGUCAUUCUGAUUCUUCCUACAUGAGACCUUUGGCAGCUAAUAAAGAUGGUGGCUGGUUAAUCAAAGGAAAACUACCCACAACCUACAAAUUGAACAAAUGGUUCCACUUCAAGUAUCGAGUGCUUGGAGACAGGUUUUCACAAUGGGCGAAUGGCAAACUUGUACACGACAACAUCAAAGUUAGCUCCAAGUGGAUGAUACCAGCAGGAACAUUUGGACUGGGAUGUCAUCACUCCCCACUCAACUGCAAAACCUUUUAUGACAACAUUAAAGUGACUUUAGUGGUUUCUACUCCCCCCAACAUCACUUUGGGAUCUUUCCAGUCAUUCGUUCCUGAGAAAAGUGCUCUGCUAGGCGAGAAAAAGCUUCCUGCGGACUCAUGCAAACAGAUCCAUGAUGCAAGUCUCGCGAGCAACAAACCGCGUGCUAAGAAUGGCGUUUACUGGAUCAAGACGGACCUCCAAGGCAGCUCGUCUGUGCAGACUUACUGCGACAUGCAAAACGGUGGCUGGACCCUUGUCGGCAAAAUCAGCGGAAAUGUGGCCAACAUUUACAGUAAAUGGUUGGUGUCUAACCACAACACUGCAUUGCUGAAGACUCCAAAGAUCGCCUCGCAGACAUGGUUUGCCUGCAUUGACGCACGCAGCUUAGCAGUAGAUCAAUCGUCCACGAUCCUGUUGUCCAGCAGUGAGAGGAUGGAUGGGUUGGGGAGCAAGUGGGUCAUGUGGAGGUUGCCUGGUGACAGGAAAAAAGACUCGUUUUGGCGCCAUUCGGUUGGACCAUCAACUGUAAAGGCAGCUGUACAAACACCCGUCAUGGUGUACGCUUGGAAUGGAAACAAAAAGGUAAAAACAUAGAUGAUAAGAACUGGCCUUUCCUUUGUCGAAAAUAUGCUGCACAAGGAGGUCCAAGGGGACUGGAAAGAGCGCUCCCCACCCCUUCCCUAAAAGUCUGAAUUCGCCACUGACCUGUGUCCUUUAAGCCCAAGUUGUGGGGUGGAUAGCGUUAUCCACUGGAGAAAUUUCUAUCGCAAUUGUUUCCCCUAUACUUUAUCAUUUAACAAUUUAUUGAAUGAGGCUGAGUAUGAUAAAAAAAUUGGCCUGUUUCUCGGCACGGUUUCAGGAUUUUUUCUUCUUGCAGAUACUCAUUAAAAAGUAGAUAAAAUCCAGCAACCUCGUUUCCAGGCAAAUAUACCAUAAAUCAACCUCGUUACCAAGCAAAUAUACCAUCGCAUCGAUGAUAUAUUAGUCGCAUCUUCCAAAUUUGAUCAACGACGGCUGAUUAUGAAAAAUCAGCCGGGGGAAAUAAGCCAAUCAGAGACGGCGAAAUAUUUUGAAUGAAUAAUAAAAUGAUUUAUCAAGUGAAUAGCAGUAUCCAGCGCUAAAGAGGAGAUCUAAAGGGGGGGGGGGGGGGGGGGUGUGCGUUUUUAAACCAUGGUGAGAAACAGGUGAAUGGGGGGAAGAGGCAGUUUGAAAUUUUAAAAAUUAUUUUUUAUUCAAAACAAAAAACACAAAAAAAAACAACCUUGGUUUACAGUUCAACAGAUAACACGACAGAUUAAAAAAAUACCUACAACAAGCAUAAAAACAAGGCGAGCGCUCGAUCAAAGAAACAGAUGUGCAGAUGCUGUAGAAAUAGAAAAUAAUCGUAAGGAAAAAAAAAGAGCAGAGAGUAAAAUAAAUGUAAGUAUAAAUAAAAAAUUGUGUGUAAAAAUGGAUCAGGCGUAAGCAAAAAAGAGGGUCAUAAGAGGUGGGGGGGGGGGGGGGGGGGUUGUCACUUUUAAACUCGGUGGCGAAAUACUUGACUUGAGAGAAGAGUCAGCUUUGCAAUUUACAAUAUACUAGUUUAUCACAAACAAUCAGUCAACUCAAAACAGCUUCCUGUGAUAGCUGUCAAUUGACAACAUGGAUGUUCACAAAGAUGCCCAAAAGUCAAUAUACCAAGGCCGAGCUCCCCCUGUACCGACUAAACUGUCAGUUUUUAUCUCCUAGAUCUGUUACCAAAACAAGUUCGGGAUAAUGCCUUAUGCGCAUCAUGGAGGUUCGUAUCCUUACGCCUCUUAUGACACUGCAGGCAACACCGCAACAAACGACUACUGUAUGUCUGUUGGAAUCAUGACUAAAGGAUCCACUGCGCAUGGCUGGUCCCAGAACGCCAAUGGUUACGAUAGUCCAAGAAGCGAUUCUGAUUGGCCGAACGGGUCAGUCAACCACCAGGCUCCAACCCUGACAGUCUGGCUCAAGUAA